AAUAAUAUAGCUAACCGUUUUGGAGGGCGUCUUAUAGCCGAUAUGUAUAAUGGUUAGCUCUUUACAAUUAAUAUAUGAUCCACUUAUCUCUUUUAUAAAAGGCAACGUAUACUGUGUAAAACUGUUUCCUGUGCUAACGUGCUAAGACGUGUUGACAUCCGUCAGAUUCCAAAUCAAUGGAUACACUUAACCACACCUCAUAAUCUUGUUCUUUUUCUUAAGAGCCCCUCGUUUCUCUUUUGUUUGUGUAAACCGAAUAGUUUUAUAGCCGCCGACCCUUCUCUCCCGUACACCGUCGUUGACGCCGUCUCCAUCGAACGUGUUGGCGUUGGUCACCGCUAGCCUACCUCGAUAUUCUCCAUCGCUUUCUACGGUCGACACAACCCCGCCCCCAUCUUCUCAGGCGUCUGCCAUGGUCGACGCCGGCCCGCCCCGAUCUUCUCAAGCGCAUGCCACGGUCGACGCCGAUCUACCUCGAUCUUCUACCGCGCCUGCCAUGGUCGACACAGCACGACCCCAAUCUUCUCCGCUGCAUGCCAUGGUUGACGCCAACUCGCCUCGAUCUUGUACCUGUGAUGCCAUGGUUGACGCCGACCUACCUCGAUCUUCUACCUGUGAUGCCAUGGUUGACGUCGAUCUGCCCCAAACGAGCAUAGCCCCAUGGGUCCUGACCCCAUCAAGCACAACCACAUGGAUCCCGUCAGCAGGAACCACACAUCUCAUUUCACCUUUUGGAACACGCGCGCUCGAGGCCGCCGGGAUCCGCGAAACCUGCCACCGCGGCAGCAAGCAACCACGCCGCGGCCCACACCACCGGGGCACAGCCCAUCUCUGCGACGCCGCAGCCGGAGGCUCACAGGAGAGCGCCAAAAACCAAGCGCGAUAGCCCCCUUACGGCUGCAACGGCAACGGGUUCUGCUGUGGACUGUGGUCGGGGAGGAGGAUUGGAGGUGGAGGAGUGGGAAGGGAGGGAGGGAGAGGUCCCGCCCAGCAGCGGGCGCGGCCUGAUAAAGGGCUCCGCCGGACGCGCGGUGGCGGUGGCCUUUGCUUGGCGCGAGGUAGGAAGGAGACGUGGAGGCGAGGCGAGGUCGAGGUCGGCGGCGAGCGGAAGACGCGACGAGUGGGAAGC